AAAUCGACCAGUAAGGGAAUGACAUCACCUCAGAGCCCCGAGCUGAGGGUUGUGUGAGAUGGGCGGGGCUUUGUACACUCAUGGGUCUUAAAAACAGUCUUCCUGCCCUUCCAAGGUCUGAAACUAGCUUCCCUUCAACAGAACGGGGAACGGGGACUUUGUUUUUUGAACGCUAACGGCAAGGAAGGGGAAGGGGCGGAAGAAAGAGAUUUCGCCUUUCAUUCAGAAGGUCAAACAGAAACCUUUCUGCCACCACACCUCCUGACCCCGGUCUCUUUCUCAAGCAGUGUAUUUGCAAGCGCGGCCCACGGACUACCUGCCUGAUUACGUGGGGUGCGGGAAGCAGCGCAGCGGGCUUGCUACAAACGCAGAGAAGGGCCCCAGUCCAGACCUGCUGGAGCUGAAGCUCUGGGAGAGGGCUGCGGAAUGCGGAUUCGAAACAAGCCUCCUGGGUAAUUCUGACCCUAACCUUUGAGAGGCCUGAUCUCAAAGCGGCAUCAAAAGCCGAGGUCUCUGGGCGUCCCGCCCCCCCCCCCCGCCUUCCCCGCGUAGCGCUGGGCGUGCAAGCCUGCCAUCCGUAACUGUUGCCUUUCUACGCGGCCACCCAGGCCACCUACACCCGCUCAGCCCCAGGGCCCCGGAACGUGGGGAUGCGGCAGAAAGGUCGGUAAGCUUGGAAGCGCGGCGGGGUCCGGCGUUUCGCCGCUCCCGGUGCCACUGCGGCCCGCCGGAGACGCGACUGGGGGCUCCCUCCCCGCGCAGCGCAGGCCCGCCGCCCUCCUCGGUCCCCUCCGCACUCACACGGCGCCGGGCCCGCGCCCGCUCUCCGCCGCUCCAUGUUCCUCCUCUUUCCAGGUUUGAAUCUCCCGCCGCCCGGCCACCGCCCUCACCGACGCCGCGGCCGGAGCGCACUUCCGGCCAGGCCGCGGGGGGCGCUGGGAUUUGUAGUUCCAGGCCGCGCGCGCGCGCGCAGGCGCAGGAGCGCCGCCAGGUGCGGAGGCGGAGGCCGCCGCGGGUGGGGGAAGGGCGGGGGGAGCCGCCCUCCCUUCUCCGCCCCGCCGUGGGCGCCUUGUUCCUCUAGGGCUCCUCCGCUGCUAAGGUAGCCUCUGCCCUUGCCGCCGUCAUUUCUCCCAGGUGUCCCCACGGACCCCGCUCCGCUUCCUGUAGCAUUCUUGGUUCCCGCUAACUUGCGGGCCAGCUUGCACUGCACUAGAUGGUGCGGAUGCAGAGGUAAAUCAACAUGAUUAAUGCCUUAAAAGCCGCUGUUCUGGAAUCGGUGACAGAUCUAAAGUCAAAUAAAUUAGAGGUCAGUGAUACUCAGAGGGACGAGGUCACUGCUGCCGCGAAGCUAAGGGCAGGGAAGGUCAGGAAGACUUCCUAGUGGAGGCGGCAGCUGAUCUGGGUUGGAAAGGGAACAAGAAUUCAUCAGACUGAAAGAGGAAUUUCAGUCCGUGGAAACAGCAUGUGCAAGAGCCCGGAGGUGAGUUCAGGAAAUAAGAAGCGGUUCGCUUUUAUCGGAGAACGACGCUCGGUCGGGGAGACGCGGGAAGAGAGCCUGGAGGGGCACGGCGGGCGCUGCGGUACCUCGCGGGGCGCUGACGUGCCUGGAGGUGCUCUGGGGGGCUGUCACGAGCCGAGGAACACUUCGGACCCAGGGCAGCGCCAGAUUCCGAGUUUAUAAAGACUCCUGCAGCCGGGCGUGGAGUGGGGGAUGGCUAGGGGCAGAGGCCAGUGGAGACGGCAAGGCAGUAGCACAGGUGGAGAUAGUAAAGUCUGAACUCGUAAAAAUAAUUCUGACACCUGUCCUGAAUUUUAUUUUAUUUUUUUACUAUAUUAACUAGCAGGCUUCCCCAUCUGGUGUUUCUCCUUUUGCCCUCCCCUCCACCCCCUCCCAUGCCUCAUUCAAGCAAGGAGGCAGCCUAGGUUCAUAGCCUCAGGGGAGGGAUGUGAAGGGGUACGAAACAGAAAACAUCCAAACCUUCAGAGGGACAGAAGAGACUCAGGGCGGAGACAAAACUGGGAGAUGUGGGGUUUGAAGACAGGGGGUGCUCCCUGAGAUCAGAAGGGAUCCCCUUUGCUCUCCACCAUCAGGAAAGCACAGAGAAUCUAGGCUCCUGGUGAUAGAGGUCGCACUCCCUGCUUUCCGGGCAGCACAGGACCCUGACAAGGAGCAGUUGCAUAAUGAGGUUGUGCAGAAACUCCCCGGCUGAGCCAGAAAGGAAGUACCCGGAUGGGUUAACCUCACUUCUGCUUUGGGAUGAGGGCCCCUGGUCCUGUCAGGGCCAGGUCCAUGAGAUGAAAGGAGGUGUCGGUGGAUAAAAUUAUUGGCUUAUCAGUGGUGUGAAAAUCAGAGGCGUGGAUGCAGUGUUCGUGGAAGUGUGCGUAAGUGUCAGCACGAUGUCUUCCUCCAACCCUGAGGAUACCCCCCGAGAGCCUGAGUCUGAGCCUGAACCCUCAACCUCCAAGCAGAAACAGAGGGGAAAGCGGCCACAGCAAGAGGCCAGCGUCCACGCCCUCACCAGGGCUGGCCACGGGGCGCUCCUGGCUGGCCGGAACCACGAAGCCCUGACCAGCUUCCAGAGGGCCUUCGUCCUGGCCUCGGAGGCCCCGCAAACUCACGACACCCCUGUUCUCCGGGCCUGUGCCUUCAACCUGGGGGCUGCCUACGUGGAGACCGGGGACCCAGCCCGGGGCCUCGAGCUGCUCCUGAGAGCCCGACCUGAGGAGAAGGCGCAGGGCAGGCGUCAUGGAGACCAGUGUUUCAACGUGGCUUUGGCCUACCACGCCCUGGGCGACCUGCCUCAAGCUUUGGCCUGGUACCACAGGGCCCUGGGUCACUACCAGCCACUAGGUGACCAUGGGCAAGUCCAGGCAAAAAUGGGAGCCUGCUACCAGGCUCUGGGACAGCCUGAGCUGGCAGCCCACUGUCUGCAGGAGGCAAGCCGGGCCUACGCCCAAGCAGGGCAGCCCCAGGCUGCGGCCUUGGCCUUGGGGGCUGCGGCGGGGUGUAUGCUGAAGAGCGGGCGGCAUGGGGUGGGCGCGGUGACGCGGGUGCUGGAGGAGAGCCGGAGGCUCGCUGAGAGGAGCCCUGAGCACAGACUGCUGGGGCAUCUCUAUAACGACCUAGGCCUGAGCUACUGCCAGCUCCAGCUGUUCCCACUUGCAGCGGAGGCCUUCCUGCGGGCCCUGCCCCUGUGUCGCGGGCCGGGAGAGGAGGCCAUGGUGCUGAGAAACCUCGGGACGGCCCACAGUGCCCUCGGCAACUACCGGCAAGCCCAGGAGUGUCACCAGAAGGCUGCUGACCUGCAUGGCUCUGGGGGGCAGCGGCGGGAGCAGGGCCGGAGCUUUGGCAGCCUGGCAUUUGUACUGAGCCAGCUGGGGGACCACAGGGCAGCCAGAGACAACUACCUACACGCCCUGCAGGCGGCCCGGGACACUGAAGGAGCCAGACUCUGUGCGGGACCGGCUGGUGGCCAAGCUGGAGGACGCCAUGAGGACCCACCUGGCCCGGGCCGGGCUCGUCCCCACGCACGCCCUGGUGAGGUGACACCUGAGACAAGGAGUGGGGGCGGGGACAGGUGGCCCAGAGAAGGGGGUGGUGGCAAAGCAGAGCUGAUGCCCUCAGGGCUGCUGCCCCGGGCUGCUCGUGUGUGUGUUCACCUGCCCCAGAGCCCGCAGAGUGGACACGUGUCGCUUUUCCGAGGACACCUGCGGGUAGGGAGGUGGGCGGAGUGGGGGGGUUGUGGCCCGUCUCGCAGCGCUGGGCAGUGCCAGGCCUUUGCCUGGGUGGUCACUAGCCCGGAGGCUGAGCCCUACCCAGAGGAGCCGGAAACCAAGUCCCGGGCUGCAGUUCUCCAAAAGGCCACACGGUGGCGGCGGUGCUGCGGUUCCGGGUCGGGUGGGCUCUCCCUGCGUCUGCACCACCCCCUGGCUCUCUGGCUCCCCCACCCUCUCUCCGCCUCCCUGCCUCUCACCCCUCCAGAUAACCUCGGGGAACCUCCCACCCAGGAAUUAAAAUUAUACUCGACUAUUUAUUAUAUUUAUUUAAUGGGAUUCAUGUCUUCUCUUAAAGACUAGGACACUGUAUUUAUAACUUGCAAGUGAAACUAAAUUAGCCUGGUCCGGGCAGAGGACUGGACUGGGGAAGAGCUGGGGUCCGUCUGAAGGCAGCCACCGACUUCCUGUGACUUUGCCCCUGGAGGCCCCAGGCAGGAUGAGGUGGAGGCCAGGCUCUGGCCAUGUCUGUGAGCCCGAGUUCUAACUUGAGCGUUACUAGCGCGGACCUUGUCACGGAUUUCCACUCUCAGAGGCGUGGCCCAUCCCAGUUAGCGUCUAGCACCGCUCUGUGUGGGGCCGCUGCGUGUGGAGGGAACAUACGCUCGCGGAUAUGUCACAGCGGGUUCCCUUUACUCCCCCGCCAUCCCCAGACUUCGGCUCCAGGGAGGCCCCAGGCUCCAGGAGGGCCGGGAAGGGGCAGAGUGGAAGUGAGGCACAGGUGAGUGGGGUGGGGCCGGGGCUCCGGGGCUCCACGGGGGUGCGGACGCUGGUGGGGUUGGGGCCGCGGCCACGCAGGCACCCCAGGGAGGGGGGGGGGGACGUGUCCCUGGUGCUGCUCUGCCUCCUGUU